CAUCCCAAAGAGGCUGGUGCUCACAGGCACAGCUGGACUACUGGAUAACUGGACUCAGGCCCACUGGAUAUUUACCCAGAAAGGAACAAACAAAGUCUGUCGCUGUUGGAAAACACAUUAGCUUAGUGUCAAACACAUACCGCAGAGAUGAACAGUGUGGCAGACUGGCUUGUGCAGAACAGGGACAAGAUUGAAAAAGGUGUGGAGAUCAUGGGUCAAGCCUCUGAGGUGCUCGCUGCCACCGUGGGCCAGCUUCACCCGGUGCUGGAGGCCGUGUUCGUGGCGUCAGCCGAGCUCCUCAGCAAUCCGGACGGUCAAGAGGCUCGCUACCUGACGCAGCAGUUUGAAAUUGUCAACCAGAAACUCGAGGGAAUCCAAGACGAGAUUGACAAAAUAGCCCUGGAGCUGCAGAAGACGUCGAUGAACAAGCAGAACUUUGACCGCGAGGCGCAGAUGCUCAGCCAGUACGAGAAGUUCCAGGACUUUGUCAAUGCCAAGCCAAAGUUCCGGGAGAAGAAGAAGGAAAAGUUCCUCAGCCAUUUUGAGAACACUGACAGCGACUUGAACAUAGACGCGCUCUAUAAUGCCGUCACAGGGGAGAACACCUCAGGAGACCCCAUGCUGGAGACCGUAGUCACGACCGAGCAGAGGAGCAGACGGGCAGUUGAGGAUUUCUGUGCCCGGCUGAAGAAGCUUUUUGUCGUGGGCAUUAUCGCUGUCAUGGGCCACGCUGCCCUCAAGGAAGGGGCAGUUGGUGAGGAGAUGGUGAAGAAGUGGCAGGGACGGAUGGAGGAUGUGGAGAAACGAAUGAAAGCGGCUGUGGACGACUGCACGGAGAACUUUGCCGAACAAGCCAAGUUAGACAUGGAGCAGCAGCUUCAGGAGAAUCCCGGGACUGUGGACCGUGACUUUACCAAAACCCUUCUGGAUUCACUUGUAAAGAAAUAUGACUGGGUGAACUGGUCAAUCAGGGCCUUCAGUGACCGGGAGCGCAUCUUCUUCUUCAACUGGCUGGCAGGGAAGAAGUGCCAUGGAAGCAGGGGAGCCAAUUGGUUUGACCUUUUGACCAAGAACAAGAUCAAAGUGGUGGUCUCAUUCUGCGUCAACCCCAAGCCCAUUAACAAGUGUCAGAUCCAGGAGCAGAUUGGGCAAAAGCUGAAGGGGAGUAUGAUGGAAGUGGCUCUGUCUUUGAACAAGAGUUUCCCCAACUGCCUGGUCCAUGCUGUCAGCCAUUACAAGGAAGUGGUGGAGAUCAACAACUUCCACGAGGAUUGUUACUACUAUGGAAAACACAAGAGAGCCUACUUGUGUAUCCACCCUGAGUAGCUCUCAGAAAAAGAAAUGAACAAACUGUAGCUGCAUACGCGAAGAAUCAAGCUACGGAUUCAUUCAUUCAUUCAUUCAUGUCUUUAUCAGAGACAGUAUACAAUGAUCCAUAAAGAUUGUCUGUGUUGAUAUAUACAGUAUAUAUAAUCUGCUCUGCCUGCUCCUCUAUGUGAUUCAUGACUUACUUGAAAUUCUAUUCUUUCAUAUGUUUUAUACAUCUAUCUUUUGUUUGAUGAUGCAGCAGCUUCAGUAAUCAGCUCAUGGCAGCACGGACUUGGGUGUGAAUGUGUCCCCAGUAGAUACGACAAAAGAUGGGCGAUAAUGACCAGAACGUUGCCAUACAGUCUAUGACAAGCUGUAUAUUUAAAGAGACAAGUGUGGAUGUAUGAGGUACGACUGCACGGACAGCUGGUCCCUCUUCAGACACUGACCGUCUGACCAUUAACCUUCACAAAAGACUCGUUCUUCACCCACUUAAACCUACGACGUCUAUGUCUCACUGUUAGACAGCGUUUUCCAACAGGAAACAACCAGAUGUUCUUGUGAGCGACACAAGGCAACAGUAGACAAGCAGCACAUGUGUAGCCACAAGCUAAAGCUAAAAACUCAGAUUUACACACGUCUGUCUGAUGGUGAGUUACAACCGCAACAAUAAGGAGUCGCUUUUAUUGGAUGAGCCUUUUGUUAAGUGGCAAAAGAGCAGCCUGCGUGUCCUCAGUGUCUUAAGCUGGUUCUCUUCACUCAGUGCAUUUACAUGCAUGUCAAAGGUCACAUGUUAGUCAGACUAAGACUAAGAUGUCAUGUAAACAUGUUAACUAUCGUACCUGGAUAAUACGAUUCAUAGUCCCAGAAGUAGAAGGAGACUGCACGUACACUGCAGCACUGUUGGACAAACGAAAGCUCCAGAGACGCAGAAUGUACAGCAGCUGUGAAACUUACUAAACCGCAGCACUGUCCAACAUCCAAUGUUUGUUAUCCUGUGAUGGAAAGGUCAACAGGAAACUGAUUCAAUACGCACUCGCUUACAGAGAGUCAGACGUACAUGAGCUGGAUUCAACUGUGCAUGUAAGCGUCCUGACUGACACCUCAGAAAACCUUCACUAUCACUCUAUGGUACCCUUAGACAAGUAUGUGUUUUUUAUUGUUUUUAAAAAGUCCAGUAUCCAAUAUUUGUUGCUGCUUUUGGUGCAAUAUAAUAUAGUGCUGCGGGGGAAGCCUCUGAAAUCUGUAGACCACAAUCUUUACCAAGACAUUUAUGUAUAUUUUACUUUGAUUUGUAAUAAACAAAAACAAAGGA